CACUUGACAGUUCUGCUGCCAGCUCCUACAGAGGCCGCAGAUUUUGUGAAUUGUUUCCAAAUAAAAAUAAGCUGACAAUCGAAGAUCUCGCUAAUUACUUGAACUCGCUGGAAAUGUCACUGAGUCUUCUUCUAGAGAAGUACGAUGUAUCUACUGACGAGGGCUUGCAGAAAGCGCUCAACGAGAUUGAAAAAGAAGAGUCGGAGGUUGAUGAGGCCUUAUCUGGAGUGCUGUCCCGGGCGUGCUCCCUAGAGGGUCGUCUCCGUGCAGCGAGCCAGGCUUACACGAAGCUAAAUGAAGUGAAGACUGAUGCUCAAGUUGCGGCAGACAUGGUGGAUAAGACUGCCGGUCUUGCGAGGGAUGUUAGCGCUAAAGUACGACAGUUAGACCUGGCAAGGUCGCGUGUAGCAGAAUGUCAGCGGCGUGUGCAUGACCUAAUAGAUCUACAGCUGUGUAGUGCUGGAGUUGAGGCUGCUAUAAAGGCACAUGAUUAUGAAACUGGUGCCGGCCAUGUAUCUCGGUUCCUCAGUAUGGACCCUGGGUCAGUAGCAGCAGCCAGAGCUCGAGGGGCACCAGAUCCCCGUGACGCCAUGACCCGAGCGGCUAAUACACUGUAUGAACAUCUAGUGCGCAAGUUUGAAGAGGCAGCUCGUAAGGAAGAUGAACAGAGUGUGGAGCGACUGUUCAAACUGUUCCCACAGAUUGGACGUGCUGAAGAGGGAGUCGAUCUUCUUGCCAAAUAUCUGGCCACACAAACAGACGUAGCGAUCCGUCGUGCGUGCGUAGUAACAGACGCGCGGUCAGAGGCGGCAGUAUUUGCCGACGCCGUCACGCGGGUGGUGGAGGCGGGCGGCGCUGCUCUGCAGCGGGCGCGGCGGAUGGCUGCGCCGGCGCCCGGGAAGCUGCCGAGGGCGCUUAGGGCUUUGCAGCCUCAUGUCUGCGCUGGAGUACGUCGCGUGUUCACGGAGAUGGUAGCAGCUCGUCGCUUGGAGUCGGAGCCGGCGCGGGGCGUGGGGUCGGCGCUGAGCGCGGAGCCGGUGCUGGCGGAGCUGGCUCUCACACACUCCAGGAUAUGGCUGUACUUUUCUUUUAUUAGGAGGCAGACUGAGGCUGACGCGUCGACUCUAAAAGAGACGGAGAAAAAGGCGUGCAUAGAUGCAGUGGAGAAGAUUAUUGCUGAGUGUGACCUCAUGCGAACUGCACAGGACAUACUCGCUUACUAUUUAGCAUUAGAAAGGUAUUUCUUGGAGGAGAGCGUAAACAAAGCACUGAAGAUGGCAACACCACAGAUCGGUGUUACUACAUCCAGCUUAGUUGAUGACGUGUUCUUCAUAGCUAGGAAAGUUAUCAGACGCGCAGUAUCGUCGUGCAGCGUAGACGGAGCCUGUGCGGUACUCAACGAGGUGUCCUCCCAGCUGGAGCGAGGCGCCGCCGCCGCCCUGCGCCGCUGGCUGCGGGCGCCGCCCAUAGAGCCCUUAGCUCUGGCGUCGCCAAGGCCACAGAGGCCCAUGGAUGAUCCUGAUGCUGAGGCGCAGAGGAUGCUGUACCUGGCGCACAUGAACGAAGCAGAAGCCGGCGCGGAAUGGUCGGAGCGGCUCGCCAGCGAAGCCUGCGCCGCGGCCUCGUCGCUCGCCCGCGGCCCGCCCGAGCUCGCCAAGCUCACGUCCUGCGCGGCCGGGCUGGGCACGGCGGCGGCCGCCUUCAGGGCUGCGCAUGAGUUGGCGUUGUCGGCACUGGUGGCCGCGUUGCAGCCGAAGUUGGCGGCUUGGGCGCAGAGGCUGGCUGAUCCGGCGCCACAUGCUGAUGAGAUGGAAGACGACGCGGACGCACUACCACAAGCAUUGGAGCAGUUUACCGAAGGUGCCCGUGCGCAGGUGUCGGGGCGGUCGGUGGACGCGCUGCUGCUGGCCGCGCUCGCCGACCUCACCACACGGGCUGAGCAGGCUAUACUGCAUAACAGAUAUGAUCGGGAAGGCGGUCUAGCAGUAGAGCGUCGGGCACGUCGCCUGGCCGCCUGGGCCGGCAGCAGCGCAGGCGGGGCUCGUGAGCGCUGCUCCCGGCUGACGCAGGCCGCCGCGCUGCUCGCGCUGGAGGCGCCCGCGCAGGCGCCGCACGCGCUGCUGCCCACGCCGAGACUGGCCGCACCACUCGCGAAGGACAUACUCGCAAGAAGGACCGAUUUCAAAAUGGAAGAUAUCAAACGAGUGAAGCUAUAGUAUUUAUUGUUAUAUCGUAGAAAUGUUAAACUAUUUUAACACUAAUAUAUUAUAUUGCCUGUAUUGCAUUUAAAAUAAAAUUAUUUACCUAAAUUAA